AUGCCUCGAGAAGCAUUGAUUAAAAACUUAGAACGUCAACUUUCAUCUGGAAAAUGUGAUCUCGGCAAAGUUGCGAUACAAUAUCUUACUGAAACAGAGAAACUUCUUUCUCGUCAACUUAAGUAUUUGCAAAUUAAAGUCAAGAAUUUACAAGAUGAACUUAAUGAAUUAAAAAAAGAAAAUAAUUACUUACGCAAUGAAAUGAAUCAGCUCAGUCACAAUUUCAGUUUAAUUCAAUUAAAUGAAAAUAAAAAAGGAGGCGAAUUAAUAAAUAGAAAAGAACAUGAAAGGAAAAAUGCAUUAAAAAAAAUUCAAGAAAUAAUUGAUGCAUAUAAAAGAAAAUACGAACAACAUACGAUUGAAGCUGGCCCUUCAAAGAUCAUCGAAAUUAUUGAAGAUGAAGAUUUAAUUAUUGAGACAAAAUCAACAUUUGUAAAAUUGGAAAUUCCAGAAAUUUUGGCUGAAAUUGCUAAUAAUUUAUUCCCAAGAGACAUUUUAAAUUUUUUACUUGUAAAUAGAUCGGUUAAUA